UAUGUGACGUGCGGUCGUUCGGUUUCGGUGUUCCACAGCAGCGAGCGUUACUGUCGGCAGGUGGAGAGCAUGCAUCACAGAGGCAGAUAGUCGGUCUCCACAUGUGCUCCGUGUGAACCAGUGGUUUUUGUUUUGUUUCGUUUUUUACACACAAAUACGGUUUAAGCGAAAAUGACCGAUUUGACAGAUUCCCUGACGAACGAGGGCUGGUACCUCAGUGAUGAAGGCAUAGCAGACCUGAAAGGAUCUGCAGAGAGAAUAACGCACAGUGACAUUAUCCGCAUUGCACUUAACAAUGAUCUUAGGUCGACUGGGAGAAAAUUUCUACCGCCUGAUAUCAAUAGUGGAAGAACUGAGAAGUUGGUCGGUCCAUGUGUUCUCCAGGUGCAGAAGGUGAGGAACAUCUCGGCUCCUAAGAACCAUGAGGAGUCCCAGGGCGCACCUCGAAUGCUGCGCCUGCAAAUGACAGAUGGCCACACCACCUGUGUUGGAUUGGAGUUUAAACACCUCUCUAAGAUAAGUCUUAACACCCCCCCUGGAACUAAGGUUAAGCUCCUUGGUACAGUCGAGGUUAAAAAUGGUCUUUUGCUGCUCGACGACUCAAAGAUCUCUGUCCUCGGAGGAGAGGUCGAUCACAUGGUGGAGAAAUGGGAACUGCAAAGGAGUCUGGCCAAACACAGCAGGAAUAACAUCGGAGCAGAAGGCGGACCUCCUCCCUUUGUGGCAUUUGGUCAGAAAUGUGCAAGGAAUGACGAAGUGGACAGCAGAGAACUCGACCAGAGGAAGACUCUCCAGACUCUCAACGUGGUCAAAAGUGCUGACGAGAAUGACGAGUUUGAAAGGCAGCGGCUCGCAGCUAUUGCCGAAGUGGCCAAGACCAAAGAGGGUCCCCGCACAUUUGGAGGUGGAGGAAAUGCAGGCGGUAAUUUAUCCAGCGCUGCUUCCUACUCCCGGGGCCGAGACUCAUACCAGCAGAGGAGACGAGAAGACAGGGUUGAAAGAAGUGAAAGCAGACAAGACGGAAACUAUCGAGAGCUGGUGGACGAACGUGCACUGAGAGACAUCAUGGAGAUGGGCUUCAACAGGGAGGCUGCUCGGCAGGCCCUGAUGGAGAAUAACAACAAUCUCGAAGUGGCACUGAACAGCCUGCUGACUGGAUCUUCUGGGGGCAGAUCUAGCCCUGUGGUGGCUGAGACCAUCAGGCCCCAACCAAGAGCCAGAGGAAGGGGAAGAGGCCGGUCCAGAAAUGAAGACGAGGAGGAGGGAGGAGGGGGGAGGCCAUCUGGACCGAGCACCCUGUUUGACUUUCUGGAAUCCAAGAUGGGAGUUUUCUCCAUUGAUGAGCCAAAGAACCAGGCAGCUCAGAGGCAUCAUGAGAGUAAAGCGAACUUCUCCAACACGGACUAUUACUCUAAAGACACAUCUCACACCAAGUUCUCCUCACAUUAUGACCACAGGCAACCGAGGAAUGACAGACCACCUCGCUUCCACCGGGACACGGACUUCCCCAAACCUGGCCAGGAGCCUCUCUCCAGCUGCACGACCCCUCAAACGGCACCUCAAUCCCAGCAGUGGAAGAGCCAGGAGAGGUGGUCACGCGGAACGUCUGACAGAUCGCAAAAUGAAAGGCGAGAGGUGCGAGAUGAGCAGAGUUUUCCUUCUUCCUUCCCUACGACCUUCACACGUUCAAAAGAACCACAGCAGCAGAUGGAGUUCGGUGGCUCUUACCAGCAGCGACCCAGAAAUGGAGACGGUAGUGGUGGGAACAUGGCUGGACCGUCUCACAGGAGAGGGUUAAAAGACAAUGUGCCCACAUCGAAACUGACUAAUCCCGCAGGCAGUGAGGUGGAUGGAAGAGUGAAUAGUAAACGGACAGACAGAAUUGAAGAACCCAACAACAACGGCAGGAGGAAGGGAAAGCCUGAUCGGCCCAACUCGGACCACCACGACCGACAAAGGGACGGCGGACCACCGAACCUUAACCCGAAAGGAGGAAGCCCGGGGACGACCCAAGAAGUGGGCCCCUUGCGCGAUUGUCGGGUCAUCGCUGGGGAUCCUUCUCAUUUCCAAAAUGGAGAGGUGGAACACAAAAGAACUGGACCAAUCAAGCCAACAAACUCCUCUUACCCCCCCAACAGGGAGCCUCCCCCAAAGAGAACCACCUCCAACAACUCGGGGCCUAAAAGAAAGCCGGGACAAGGCAGAGGUCAAGGUCCGCGAGGACCAGAGAGGGGUCACUUUGUUGAACAGGCUUGGAAACCUGGGGACCGGUGUCUGGCUCUGUACUGGGAAGACAGCAAGUUCUAUCAUGCCAGAAUAGAUGCUGUGCAUCCUUCGGGCACCACGGCCGUGGUCGUGUUUAGUGAUUACGGAAACUGCGAAGAGGUUCUGCUGCACAACAUCAAACCAGUUCCUGCUGAUGCGUUGUAACUUCACAACCAUAUUGAAUGUACAAUGGUAGGAGGAAGAUGACAGCUACUAUGACAGUUCACUGGAGUUUCGCCCUGGGGGAGACGGCCAGCCCCGGCGUACGAGACCCACGCAGCAGUAUUAUCAGCCACCCAGGGCACGAGAUUGAUUGAUUGAUUGAUUGAUUGAUCCAUUGGUGUGCUUGUCCCACCUCCUUCCAGGACAAAGAUAAUGUCACUUUCUGCCACAAUCCUGAGUGCUUCCUGAUUAUUUUUCUUUGAGCGUGCACACUGUCGGGACAUACAGGACUUUCCAAAGGGCUUGGACCUCAUGCAAAAAUAAAAGGAAAACUGACAUGAGCACUUGUUGUUUUUGUUGAAGACAUAUCUACUGUAUAUGUUGUGAAGAUUUGUUAAAUGGAUGCGUUCAAAAUAAACUGUUAUUCUAGUAUGUAGCUA